GAGCAGUAUGGAGCAGUGCCGGCGAGGUUAACAACUGCAGCAACCUUAGUAGUAGUAGUCGUAGCGCCCAUACCACCCCGCCCCUCACUCCUUAUCACGCUCCGGAGACGAAAGGACCAACUUACCCGCGCGGCCACGAGUCCUGCCGGCGCCUGGAACGAGAAGAAAGCGCAUCGUUAGCACUGAAAGAGAGGCACCAUGGGCAAGAUUAAGGAUAUGCGUGACUACAUGGGCACAGGGGAACUGGCGAAGGUGUCGACUUGGAAGGCCGUGGUGGCGGAGUUGAUAGGGACGAUGCUGCUCACCCUGAUCGUCUGUGGCUCCUGCAUCACCUGGGACAAGACUCAGCCGCCGACCAUCGUCCAGAUCUCCUUCGCCGUGGGAAUUAUCGUCGCGUCUAUGGUGCAGGCGAUCGGUCACGUGUCGGGCGGCCACAUCAACCCGGCGGUGACCUGCGGGAUGCUGGUGACCCGGUACGUGUCCGUGUCCCGCGCCCUUCUGUACAUCGUGGCCCAGUGUCUCGGGGCACUGGCCGGCUCUGGGAUCCUGAAGGGCAUCACUCCGGAGGCCAACCAGGGGAAUCUGGGAAUGACGAUGCUGGGCGAGGGCGUUAACCAGGGCCAGGCCUUCGGCGUGGAGGUCCUCAUGACCUUCAUUCUCGUGCUGACGAUCUUCGGCGUGUGUGACGAGCAUCGCGGCGACAUCAAGGGUUCGGCGCCGCUAGCCAUCGGCCUCGCUGUCACCUGCGCCCAUCUUGCUGCCAUUCCUUACACCGGCGCCGCCAUGAACCCCGCCCGUUCCUUCGGCCCCGCCGUUGUCACCGGCAUCUGGGAAGACCACUGGGUGUACUGGGUGGGACCGAUAGCUGGAGGUGUGGCGGGAGCGUAUGUCUACCAGUUCCUCGCCUCUCCAGUCUCCCUAACAUGCGUGAAGGGAGAGGGAGGGGAGGAGGAAGGAGAGGGAACGGAGAGUCAAAUCCAGGAGACAAGAUAUGAAGCAGAAAUCAACGUUGCGGAGGAAAAGGAGAGACUGACAGCGUAUGAAGAUGACGACCACAACCCCAGCCAGCCACCCCUACAACCUUCAGCAACACCAACACCACCACUACCAUCGCGCAUCCUCCACUACGCAGGACCACCUCAACGCCCUGCUACCAUCACCACCACCACUACCACCGCACAACCAUGACAAUAGUUAAUACAACAACAAGUAUAACUACCACAGCUACACCACCACAUCAACAGCCACAAACAUCACCACAAACAAUAACGAAGACUACUAUCGCCACCUCUACCACUACGUCAACACCACCAACAACAGCACCACAUCAACAACACAACAACAACAACAACAACAACAACAACAACAAUAGUCUUCCCCCUUCUCCACAUUACGCCAACUUAGACAAACACUUCACGUACAAACUAUUAAGUCUGUCUGUAUUGUCUGUUACAUAUUCAUCUGCUUAUUUAAUCGUCUGUCUAUUAAAACAAAAAAAACAAAAAAAUCCUGCCUGUGUCUAUUUCUUCUAAGUAAACACUCUCUACUAUACUAGAACUAAUACAACUCUACUGCUGCUUUUUCAGACCUAAAUGCACAGUAAUUAUUAUAUAGUCUGGUACUUUUUUUUCGUUUUUUUCGUAAUUUACAUUUUCCUCAGAAUUUAGCAACGUACUAUAACCUCACUUCAUCCCCGGGCGACUUAUGGCUUCCUUCCCUCCUGAAUCAUUACUGUUUAUUACGUUAUGCAUCUUCCUUACGUCUAAUCGUCCUCAUCUUCUCAUUUCAUAAAGCUUGAACGAAACAUCAUCCCUCUCUACCAUUCUGUUCGUCAGGCUGGUCUAUCGAUAUUUCUCGUUUGUUGUUUGUUGUUGAGUAAAACAUUUUCUGGCAUACUAAUUCAGGCCUAACAAACUAUCUGUCUAUCUUUUUAUUAAUCUACUUACUACCAACCUACUUUCGUUUUUAUGUCCAUUUUUUUUUUAUAGAUGUAUGUCUGUUUUUCUACAUCUGUAUCUAUCUAUCUGUUUCCCUCUUUAUUCUCUCUUUUUAACCACCCAUCCAUCCAUCCGUCUGUCCACCCAUCCAUUCAUCCGUCUCUCAGGAAGUCACUAACACCCUCAAGACAUCAGAGUAACGAAACAAAUCAUCACUAGAAAAAAAACUUGCUUGCUACUCUGGUUAAUUCUUUUUUCCACCCCACGCUUUCUCCCACUCGCCAGAACCACCCAGACGCACGAACACAAAAGUCUUGACACGCAGCCACUCAGCAAGACACUCGGUCAGGCACUCGGUCAGCCACUCAGCAAGACACUCGGUCAGGCACUCGGUCAGGCACUCAGCCAGUCACUCGGUCAGGCACUCGGUCAGGCAGUCAUUCCCCGGCCAGUCACUCCUUCAGCCCCACCCCACGUCAGUUACAUGUUCAGACAAGCAAAACAAACAACAUAAAAAAAGUAAAGAUAUUAAAAGCGUGCCUAUAAAGAGUUAUCUCGUAUUCGUAAAAAAAGUAGACAGACAGACUAACACACACACACACACACACACACACACACAAAUCAAUAUAUAGACGCAUAAUAUAUUUUUUCUCUCCCAUAAUUGUAAUAAACUAUCUAGAUAAUUUGCGAUCUAAUAGGAGAGAGAGAGAGAGAGAGAGAGAGAGAGAGAGAGAGAGAGAGAGAGAGAGAGAGAGAGAGAGAGAGAGAGA